AUGUAUCCUCAGAAAAUAGAGUCCAGUGGUUCGAAUCCACUUCUAAAAGCGGGUGAAGGUGGGGACAUUAGCAACCUCAACUCGAGCCUCUCCUCUAAGCGGCUGACUCUUUUUCUCGAGUCCUUUCUUGUGAAAAUCAAUGUUCUGGGAUUGGUUGGCGCAUUACAAAGGCUUGCUUGCAUGAAAGCCGCUUUAGCAAGAAAGGCGGGAAUCUCUUCAAGGGUUGACAACUUUCAGCUCCGUCUCACUCAGGUCAUGGGAAACCAUAGAUUCGAAAAAGGCAGGAAGGACGUAGGCAUGCCUCUACAAGCGAUAGAUCGAGCCAAAGUGGGUCAACCAUUCGUCUCAGCAUUACCUUUUCACCCAGGCAUUCAGAGCAAGCAACCGGAAAUCUACUAA